AUGGACAAGGACCCUAACAAGCAAUGUAAAACUGCAACUGUCAUCUGGUUCAAUUCCCAGAUGAAUAAAAAUGCCAAUGGUAUCUUUAGAACUUGGCGGUUGGAGCUCGCAAAGCUAUCAGGCGCAUGCUCUGGUAUUUAUCCGAAUAUCGUAGUAUGGAAUAGAGAAUGCACUUGUCUGUACGCUAACAUCUGCAUUGUGUCUGUCAAAAUAGAGAUAGACCACCAUGACCAGCCUGGAGAAGCAUUUUAUAACCUGGUGUUUCUGGGAGUGACCUAUGUGCUGCCAAUGUCGGUGAUGGUAUGGGCCUACGCUAGGAUGAGUGCCGUCCUUCGGGGAAGGACUAUUGGAGAGUGUACCCAUCAUCAGAUGCAGGUCGUCAGAGCUAAGAGAAAGGUAGUUCGCAUGUUCGUGUUAGUGGUGAUGGUAUUCGCAUUAUGCUGGCUACCAUAUCACGCAUACUUCGUUCUGGUGUACCACCACCAGUCUCUAGCCUCAGCGCCAUUCGCACAGCAUACAUAUCUGGCCUUCUACUGGCUGGCCAUGGCAAACUCUAUGUUCAAUCCUCUGAUCUACUAUUGGAUGAGCAACAAGUAA